AUGAGUCGGCCGCAUUCUCUUGACGACAUUACGUCUGACUAUGACGAAUCAUUUGGUGUUUCCGAGUUUACAUCCAUACACACUGCCCAUCUCAUACACUCAUACGAACAUGGGAGACGAUACCAAGGCUUGGUGCAGAACCGCUACGGUAUGCCCAACGAUGAGGCGGAGCAGAUGAGAGAGGGCAUCAAGCACAAGCUCUACACAGAUUACAUCCUAGACGGAAAACAGUUUUUGGCACCGGUACCCGAUAAUCCCCAAAAAAUUGUCGAUUUGGGGACCGGCGCCGGCUACUGGGCAUUAGACGUCGCAGAGAAGUUCCCCAGCGCCCGCGUCAUCGGCACCGACCUCUCCCCCAUCCAACCGCAAUGGGCCCCUCCAAACACCGAGUUCCGCGUCGAGGAUCUAGACGACGAGCACCGCCCCUGGUCCAGCAUCUACGCCGGCGCAGACGCCAUCCACACCAGGGCGCUCCUCCCCACGCUCCGAAACCCAAAGCUGGUGCUGCGAAGAGCAUUUGAAAAUCUCAAGCCAGGCGGGUGGGUGGAGUGCCACGAGAUCGUCAGCUGCGUCUUUUCGGAGGACGGCGCCGUGGACCGCGGGCACCCGCUACACAAGAUGUACGACCUGAUCAACGGGUCCUUCUCCCAGGUGUACGGGUGGAACCUCCAGAUCGCGGCGCAGAUACCCGACGUGCUCCGCGAGAUCGGCUUCGUCGGCGUCGCGCAGCGCCAGAACAAGAUACCCCUGGGGCGGUGGCACCACGACGCCAAGAUGCGCGAGAUGGGCAUCUUCAACCAGAUCAUACACUCGGAGUGGCUGCCGAGCAUGCUCCUGAAGCACGAGGCCAUGGGGAUAUCGGCCGACGAGGCGGAGAGUGUCGGGCAGGAGAUCCUGGACGCCUUCAACGAUCCCAGUGUCCGGUCGUACAACGUCUGGCUGGACUGUUGGGCGCAGAAGCCUCUGCCGGGGUAG